AUGCUCACCUCUGUUGUACUCGCCGCCGCCUUUGCUGCCACCGCCGUGUCAGGUAGCCCAAUCGCUGAAGAUAGGACUAUUUCAAUCCCCCUUCAUAAGCGCGGUUCGCCUUUGAAUAAAGACGGCAAAAUUAUCCCUUCCGCGUUGGCUCGCCAAGUUGCCAAGGUUCAAAACAAGGCUAAGCGUCAAGCCGAACCUCUUAUUGAUGAGGAGGACGACCUGCUUUGGGCUGGCACCAUCACCAUUGGUACCCCUGGACAGAGCUUUUUGAUAGAUUUUGACACUGGUUCGGCCGACUUGUGGGUGCCAUCCUCAAGCUGCAGAACAUCGGGAUGCUCUCCUCAUAAGAAAUAUACUGCAUCCUCGUCUUCCACUUCGAAGAGCCAAAGCGGGUCAUUUUCUAUUCAAUAUGGUGAUGGAAGUACUGCUUCGGGCCCUAUCUAUAGUGACACUGUGACAGUGGGUGGGCUAAGCGUUACUAGCCAAUACUUUUCCCCUGUUACUUCGGAAUCCUCUAGCUUUGCGUCAGAUCCCGAAGAUGGUAUCAUGGGCGAAAUAUCUUCUCCAGUUUUCUCUUUCCGCCUGGCUACUACCGGGUCGGAACUUUACCUGGGCGGGACUAAUGCUGCCAAGUACUCUGGCUCAAUCACCUAUGUGCCGCUGACAUCCAAGACCUAUUGGCUCACAACUGGUUCGUCAUCGAUCGGAAGCACUGUGGGGUAUUCUGGUGCCAUGAUUAUUGAUUCUGGCACUACAAUAAUUGUUGGCCGACAUCUUCUUCCACCUACAGUCAGCUUUACCUUUAAUGGGGCGAAAUUCACAAUUCCUUCUUCCGACUUUAACUUGGGUACAAUUGAUAAUGCUGGUACCCGUUGUGUGGGAGCUAUUGUGGGAACCAGCGGUGUUCCGGCUAACGCCUGGAUUGUUGGCGACCCUCAUGAAGCAGACAUAUACUGUAUUCGACCAGGCUAA